ACAUUGCUUUUCACCAUCUUUAUCUUCAAGCAGAAUCAAUAACAAAAUUUAGAAGAGAGAAAGAGAUUUAGCUGAUCAAAUGGGUUCAUCAACCGGACAGGGAAGCAACUAUGAUCUAUCAUUCAAAAUACUGUUAAUUGGCGACUCUGCUGUCGGGAAAAGCAGUCUUCUAGUCAGCUUCGUUUCAAGUUCCAUCGAAAAUCUAGCUCCAACAAUUGGGGUUGAUUUCAAGAUCAAGCAUCUUAACGUGGGUGGGAAAAAGCUAAAACUUACAAUUUGGGACACCGCUGGACAGGAAAGGUUCAGGACAUUGACAAGUUCUUACUAUAGAGGUGCACAUGGAAUCAUAAUGGUUUACGAUGUGACAAGAAGAGAAACCUUUACAAACUUGUCUGAUAUUUGGGCUAAAGAGGUAGAUCUUUAUUCAAAUAACCACAACACUAUCAAGAUGCUGGUUGGAAACAAGGUUGAUCGAGAAUCUGAAAGAGCUGUAAGCAAGGAAGAAGGGAUGGCUCUUGCGAAUGAGCACGGUUGUUUGUUCCUAGAAUGCAGUGCCAAAACUAGGGAAAAUGUGGAAGAAGUUUUCGAAAAACUUGCCCUCAAGAUUAUGGAGGAUCCUAAACUUUUGGAAGAAGGUUCUACUUUGGGGAAAAGGAAUAUCAUACUAAAACAAAUGCAAGAAAACAACAACUCACCCCCUCUUCCUCCUGCAACUUUCGGUUGUUGCUCCUAGAAUUUAGUAUGGAGAGCCCUGCAAGCAUCGAUUCAGUUACUGCAAGAUAUAGAUAAAUUGCUACUUUCUCUAUUUGAUGGAUGAUCUUCUGGUUUAAGCUUGUUUAUUUGCUUUUCUUUGUUCACAACAAUAUCCAUUUCACGAAUAAAAUGACCAAAAAUUCUAUAACU